AUUUGCCAAAUGUCAAUCGAAAUGUCAACAACAACCUGUUUGUUUACGUUUUCGCACGCACGCUUUGGGUUUACUUGCCGGCAUUUCCUUCGUGCUGCACAAAAAAAAAAACGCAACAAACGUGGUGAAAAUGCCACCCAAAUCGGCAAGCAAAAAGGAAAAACCAUUCUGGUGGAACUGUGAAAAGUGCCAAACGUACCUGCCAACAGGCGAGCUGGCCAAACAUCAAGCCGAAGACUGCGGCAAUGUGGCAAGUUUGGGCGGCUAUGUUGAUGCUGGUGGUGUGUACCGUUGCCGGAAGAUAGAAGUCGGUGGCUUGGGAAUAUUCGAGGAGGUAAAGCUGUGCACGGACAUUCAGCGCUACGGUCUGGUGCUGGUACCAAUCAGUGUGGUGAGACGGUUGAGUCUCAUGUUGGGCGAUUUUGUUGCGAUAAAGUUGGCCAAAGCGAAGGACGGCAAGGAGGUCGGGACAGUCGUGCGUACGCUGUGGCCAGUGGAAGAUCGACAUGAGGCAAAGGUGUUUUUUGAAGCGUUGGAUGAAUUCAACGACGUAUCGGCGAACGAGCUGAACGCAACUGUAACCACGCUCAACAGCCGGCUAGAGGAUGCGGAAGAGAUUUUCCUACGCCUGGAAGAUCCUACACAAGCGAACCUUUUCGCUAAAAAUGGCAAGUUUCUGCUCACCAGCUUAAAGUACCAACUGCAAGGAUGCGCCAUCAUGAGCAACAAUCCACUCUCGCUGACCGUUUGCAACAAACGGUUUCGAUUCCUGGUUGAUCACGCUGUAACGGCCGAGGGAAACGAUCUAACGGAUCAGCUGAACAAAAUGAGCUUGAAAGAUCGGUUGUACGUGAUCCUAAGGACAACCAAACUAACCCUGCUGGACGAUUCGAAAGCAGCUCAGCAUGGCCACCAGCAGCGCAUGUACAAUCUCGCCAACAUUGGUGGGCUGGACACAACGAUAGCUGAGCUGAAGGAGCUGCUCGAAAUGGCAUUCGGCAUGGACAGCAAACAAACGACCGUUGGCCCUGUUAGCCGCGGCAUUCUCCUCUCCGGCGUGUCGGGCGUGGGGAAAACCAUGCUCGUCAAUGCACUUGCCACACACUACCACUGUCACGUGGUACGGCUAAACUGUUCCGAAGUGUUCAGCAAGUUCUACGGCGAGUCGGAAGCAAACGUGUCCCGCCAAUUCGCCGAAGUUUUUGACGUACAUCCUAAGCCGGCGAUCGUGAUCGUGGAGGAGCUGCACAAUCUUUGUCCGAAAAGUACGGCCACGGACAUUGUGAAGCGCAUUUCGCAGCACUUUCUCACACUGCUGGACAGUUUGCAUGCGAACGUGCGCGGGAACCGUACCGUUGUGAUCGGCACGACGGACAGUGUGGACAAUGUGAAUCCACUGUUGCGCCGGGGCGGACGGAUGGAUUACGAGUUCGAGCUUCCCGUGCCGGAUGCGAUCGCACGGGCAGCCAUUCUCGAGCGCGUACUUUCCCGCCAUGGACAAAUGGUACCGGAGGAAGGCAUUCGUGCAGUGGCUCGCAUCACGCACGGGUACGUUGGAGCGGAUCUGGAGAAUUUGGUCUCGAAAGCGGCAUCCUCUGCUCCCACGGGCAAACCGAUCGAUGGACCCGCGCUGAUGGCCGCCCUGCAGCACGUAAAGCCAAGCGCAAUGCGCGAAAUCAUGAUCGAAUGCCCCAACGUGCGCUGGACCGACAUCGGCGGCCAGGACGAGCUGAAGCUAAAGCUACGCCAAAUCAUCGACUGGCCCAUCCACCAUCCCGAGCUGUUCGAGCGGCUCGGCAUCAAGCCACCGCGCGGUCUGCUCAUGUUCGGUCCACCCGGCUGCUCGAAAACGAUGAUCGCGAAAGCGAUCGCCACCGAAAGCCGCCUCAACUUCCUCUCCAUCAAGGGCUCGGAACUGUUUUCCAUGUGGGUCGGGGAGUCGGAGCGAGCGGUGCGCGAUCUGUUUCGCCGGGCGCGACAAGUCGCCCCGUCGAUCAUAUUUUUCGACGAAAUCGAUGCGAUCGGUGGUGAACGGUCGGCCGAAUCGGGCAGCUCGGUAAAGGAGCGCGUGCUGGCCCAGCUGCUGACCGAGAUGGACGGCGUGAGUGUGCUGAAGGAUGUGCGGAUCGUGGCCGCUACGAACCGCCCGGACCUGAUCGAUCGUGCCCUAAUGCGCCCGGGGCGUCUCGAUCGGAUUGUGUACGUUCGGCUGCCGGAUGCGGCCGCUAGGGAGGAAAUCUUCCGCAUCAAGCUGAAAACGAUCCCAACCGCGUCGACCGUGGACUUGGCGGAGCUGGUACGACGCACGGCGGGGUGUUCGGGGUCGGAAAUUGAGGCGAUCUGUCAGGAGGCGGCACUGAAGGGGCUGGAAUCGUCGUUCGACGUGGAAACGAUCGAGUGGGAACACUUUGAGCAUGCGCUCGGGGUUGUGCGUCCCCGCACCAGUCCGGAGCUGUUGCGAUUGUACGAAGAAUAUUUAAAGCAGCAUCAAUAAUAAAUGCAGCCAUGUAUGCACGAAGGAAGGCAUGAACGGGAAA